CCGUCGUCAAUCUUGUCUCUGCGGGGCAGCUUUCGUCCUUCAGUUGUCGUGCGAGCUGCGUGUUCCAUCUCGUCCAACCUAUGGACCCAUUGAGUAUCACGGCAUCAAUAGUGGGCUUGCUCACCGCAGCGGCCAAGAUCAACAGCUUGCUAGAGUGGUUGUCCUCAGUUCGGAACUCUCCCACAACCAUCAGAGAUGCGCGGAAUGAGGUCCGGCACACCGAAGUCGCCCUGCGCUCGAUGCAGCGGCUCCUCCGCCGCGUCGAAGCCGCCAGUCCGCGGCGGGAAAUGAUACAGGUCGACGAGCUGCGUGUCACACUGGCCGAUGCUAUGUUGGCAUUUUCCACCUUCGAGACAUUGUUGCAGCAGCUGGCCAUACGCGCCAGGGCCCGCGGGGCUAUAUCGUGGACCAAGUACUCGAAGCAGCUCGAUGAGCACCUAGCGAGGAUUGAGCGCUACAAAUUGUCGCUGACACUUAUGGUGAGUAUUCUGCAGUGCGACUCCGACGUGGAGGCGUACCAGAACCAGGAAAAAUUACAAAUUCUAAUCGAAAAGGUAUUAGACGAGAACACAAGCCUCAGACAAAAGCUUUCCCAAUCCCAGGAUUCGUUUGCUGCGAAGAGCAUAGCCACGAGGCAUCCGGACGAUGAAAAUUCCACAAUCCGCGACGACAACAAUGAUGAUUCCUCAACCAUAAGGGGAGUCCAGCGCAGCAACACAGUCCGCAGCAGGUUCAGCACCUUUGGCGGUAGUGCCAUCAAAUUCGCCUUUGAGAACAUCCUCGAGCAGUCCCGAGUCUAUCGCAAGACGGACCAAUAUCAAGAAUGCGACCGCUCCUUCGCUAGCACUGCGCAACGCUCGCAUGCUUGGUCGGUCUUUUCGGGCUACAGUUUGGCAGACAUAUCCGUCAUGUCGGUCAUUGCUAUGCCCCUGACUACCCUGGAUGUUGCCAAUGGGCAAUACUACGUGAUCGGGUCGGAGACUAUCCUACCAGAUGACAGAACGGACGAUAUGACCGCCAUGAAUGCAGUCUCGACAGGUCUAACAGGCUCCAAAUAUACCGACGAUGACGCGGAUCCCCAAUCAGGCCCGGCGGAGGGGUCAAUGCCUGUUGCUGAAGCAGGGAAGAGUUUACCCGAUGCUUCGGGUGAAGACGGUGAGUGCGGUGUACCUCUCGACGAAGAUUGGCCUUUGGGCCCAGCGGACGAUAUGUCAGACGACGAAAUAUUCCCUUGCAAGGGCUGCGGCGAGAUACUGGUGGAGGGCAAAGCCUUCGAGCUGGCCGGGAACCGUUGGCAUCUCGAUUGCUUCCGAUGCAGCGAGUGCAAUGUGCUGUUUGACGCCGAUUCGAACCUUCUGCUCCUGUGGGACGGAUCUCUCGUUUGUUCUGAUUGUCUGUAUCCCUGUCAUGUCUGCGGCAAAAAGAUCGACGACCUCGCCAUCCUUACCGGAGACCUGGCCUUCUGCUCCUCCUGCUUCCGAUGCCGGAACUGCAAGCUCAGGAUUGAAAACCUUCGGUACGCCAGGACAUCACAGGGCAUCUUUUGCAUGUCCUGUCACGGCAUCCUCAUGGCACGUCGUCGUAAAAAGUUGGCCUCGGCUAGCGAAACAGAACAAGGGCCCGGUGCAAGCCUGGACACUGGAUAUGUGUUACCAUCAUCGUCACCUCUACCUUCGAUGACGGAUUCGUCAUGAAUGGUUUGGAUAUUAGAACGGUAUCAGCCAAAUGGACUCAUCUCUGGCCUGGAAUUGGAAAUACAACUCUAUGAUCCUA